AUGUCUAGGAGAUUGGUACUCUAUCCAAAUGGGAAUAAGAAUAACAAUGGGAACGGUCACAUCUCUCUAUACUUGGCAAUAGCAGCUACCGAUGCUUUUCCACUUGGCUGGGUGGUUAACGUGCACAUAAGAUUCUUUGUGUUUGAUCAAAUCCGAGACAAGUACCUCACUAUUCAAGAUGCAAAUGGGAGAUCAAGACGCUUUCAUAAGCUGAUGACUGAAAGGGGAUUCGCCCAGUUACUUUCCCAUGAUACUCUCAAUGAUUCAUCAAAUGGUUAUCUUGUUGAUGACACGUGUAUCUUUGGGGUGGAAGUUUUUGUCAUUAAAGGUACUUGUAGAGGGGAGAUUUUGUCGAUGGUAAAUCAACCUCAACCUAAUUAUUUCACUUGGAGGAUUGACAACUAUACGACCUUGAAAGAUGAAGUUUAUUUCUCUGAUCAAUUCACUGUGGAAGGGCGAGGAUGGAAUUUGUUUCUCUAUCCGGAGGGAAAUAAAACAGGAGCGGGCACAUACUUGUCUCUCUAUCUCACGUUAGAUGGUUCAGAAAUUCUUCUUCCCAACAGAAAAUUGUACGCAAAAUACAAGGUUCGAAUAAGGGACCAACUCAAUAGCAAUCAUCUUGAAAAGACAGAGGAGAACUGGUUCUCUGAUCCCAAAAUGUCGGUUGUGGUUUCCACGAGUUUUUGUUAA